GUUUCAAAUUUUCCCAUUCAGAAUUGUUACUUGGGAAUGACAAAUGGCGCGCGCUUGUACUGUUGACGUUUAGUUCGAUUUGAACUAAACCGAAGUCGCUUUGUGUGUUUUCAUUUCUAUAUUCGUCGCGUUUGUUAAAAGCUGCUUUUGUUAAAAGAAAAUGAGUGAUUUGGCAAACGUUUACCAGUUGUUUCGUAAUAAGUUUGAGGCAAAUGACUUCCAGUACUAUUGCCCUCCUUCAUAUAUUCACACGCUAACGGAGAAUAAUGAUAAGGUCAUUUUCGCGUUUCGGAAGCAGAAACAAACCCUUCCGCUGGAUACAAACUGGACCAGUGUGAAGAAUUCGCCUAAAAGCAAUACAUCAAACAACCUGGACCUUACCGGCUCUCCAUUGAAGGACGAAAGCUUUGAUGAAUUUCAAACAAUUGAUCAUUCGAAAGACUACAACGAACCGGCAGUGUGGAACCUUUGGACACCAGAGGAGGAAUCUUACGCACCGCUGGCAACGGAAAAAGCUCGCUCAAUUCUGCAAAAUUUCAUCAAUCUCGAUUGUCGUAUCGGGCGUGGCAGCAUAUGGACGCUAUGCAGCGGUACCGAUGCUGACCGGACGGUACUACUACAGCUGUCGAUCGACUCAGCAUCUAAGAAUCAACGCCAGUUUACGCGUGGCAUCGUGCGCUUUAGCGGAGUGCAAGCGAGCAGUGGUAUUUCGUUGGCCCAGCUCAUCGAUAUCCAUCGGCAGCGUGCCGGCGAUGGGAUGAAGUUUAACCCGAAAAUCCAAAUCCAGCAGUGGUGCAAACUGUGCCCCCAGAUUACCGUCCGCUUAAGCUGGCACACAAUGGGCGAAGGUUCCACAUUUAUCGUCGAGCGGAAUGCACGCGUCCGAUUGAGCCAGGAGCUGCCGAUAAAUAAUGGUGCAUUUAGUCACAGUUCCGUGGCAGAAUACUUUUGGCAGCAACUUCAGCGAUUGGCGUUGAUAAGAGAUAAAAUUAUGGAUAUUCGUGCCAACCGGGAAUCUGGUUAUGCCCGUAGCGAAUUCGGUGGUGAAGACGAGAUGGGUUUAGAGUACGUGAAGCAAAAGGUGAACAAUAUUCUGUCCUCCUUUUUGGCUGUCGAGCCAACCACUUACACAUUAUCCUCGAUCGCGGACAUGAUCCAGCAGGUGCAGAAACACAAUCUUACGGACGUGAUGGAACGGCUGUACGAUGCAUUAACACUAUGUUCAAAUUACGAUGAUUUGAGGGCAGCCAUUGAUUACAUCUUUCAUCUUUCGACGCACUCUAACGUUGUGAACGUUCCAACAAAUGGUACACGGUUCGCGCAGCUAAUUCUAGCAAUGAUUCAGGACCGUCUUGCCAUUCCAUCGCUAACCGGAUCGGAACCGUACGAGCUGCUUCUGGAGUGUGGCAUCAACAAGCUCAUGAGCGACUAUCGGACGAUCUUUAGCGAGAAUGGUGUGUACGAGCUCGAGUUCGAAAAGCUCUUUCAACCGCAGGUUACCAACCCACGCAAAUCUCGCUAUGCGACCGGAUCGGGGCCACAAAUCGAUAUGCACCAUAAGGCCAAGCAAAGUGCCCACAUGUUUCAACCCACCGUCGAGGAACGGGGACGCGAGAAGUCGAUCCUUUUGAGCAACUUCGAUGAGGACGAAGUGAAGAUCCGUCUUAACCGUCUGGCACAGGUGCAUCUGCUGUUGGAACAUUUGCUGCUGCUAGAAGGUGUCGUUAACGUACCGUCUAUUUACGGGCGUGUUUGCGAGCUGUACCUGAGCCAGCAGCCAUAUAGCUACGGUGAGGUGUAUAACCGCAAAACCGAUCUGCUCGAGUUUGAUAUGGAUGAGUUUAUGUUGCUGCGUAAAGCGGAUCAGCUGGAACCGUGCGCCCGGCGGGUGGUAAUGUCGUCGACCAAUCUGCUGCAGAAGCUGGAAACCGUUUUCUAUCAGAAUGCUAAGCCGCUGCUACCGGAAAGUUUGUAUCCUCAGUUCGAGUGUAAGGAGAUUGACAAUAAGCACAUGUUCUGGUGUUACGAGUAUGAUCUAAUUGAGCGUCUUUGAAGAACUAGCCCAGGUAUGAGAUUUAUGCUAGAUUGUCGAAAAGGAAUGUGUGCGCGGCGAACAAGAUCAAAUACAGUUUC